GCUUGUCCUGCUCCUGCCGUAGCAGGGCAACAUUUUGUGAAAUUACCAUUUUCGACGCCCAUUCCCGAGCUCUCUCCUUUUCUCACCCCAAACCUGCAACAGGUGCAGUCGCUCGAAUUCGACGGCCGCAAACCGCAACCACUCCGUUACACCACCAUACUCUUUGCUGACUGGAUCGGAGCCGCUCGUUCAUUUAGCUCAUUCUUCCCUUGCCGAGCGGGCUGUCCUGGGUGAAGCCGGCCGGCGCUAGUCUUACCCUGUAACGCGCCUCGACUCGACUCGUUUCUUCGUCUCCACGACUCCACCCCAAUAUCAUGUCUUCUCCAGCCAUGAUCCGCCGAAAGAAGAAUGUGAAGAAGGGCAUCCAGUUCUGCCUGAUGGUGUGCGGCGCCUCGGGCACUGGCCGGACCACCUUUGUCAACACGCUUUGCGGAAAGACCGUGCUUGCGCACAAGGAUUGUGAUGACGCCACGACCGCCCACGUUGAGGAAGGUGUCAAGAUCAAGCCCGUCACCGUCGAGCUCGAAUUGGACGAGGAGGGCACCCGCAUCUCCCUGACCAUUGUCGACACUCCUGGCUUUGGAGACCAGAUUGACAAUGAGGCCAGCUUCUCAGAGAUCGUCGGCUACCUGGAGCGGCAAUACGAUGACAUCCUUGCCGAGGAAUCGCGUAUCAAGCGCAACCCUCGCUUCAGAGACAAUCGUGUUCAUGCCUUGCUCUACUUCAUCGCUCCGACCGGUCAUGGUCUCCGCGAGCUCGACAUUGAGCUGAUGAAGCGCCUUGCGCCCCGCGUCAAUGUCAUCCCUGUGAUUGGCCGCGCCGACUCGCUGACUCCCUCGGAGCUCGCCGAGUCCAAGAAGCUGGUCAUGGAGGACAUUGAGCACUACCGCAUUCCCGUCUACAACUUCCCCUACGACAUUGAGGAGGACGACGAGGACACGGUCGAGGAGAAUGCCGAGCUCAGGGGGCUGAUGCCAUUUGCGAUUGUUGGAUCCGAGGAUGUGGUCGAGAUCGGCGGCCGCAAGGUCCGCGCCCGCCAGUAUCCCUGGGGCGUCGUCGAGGUCGACAACCCGCGCCACUCGGACUUCCUGGCCAUCCGCUCCGCGCUGCUGCACAGCCAUCUUGCCGACCUGAAGGAGAUCACCCAUGACUUCCUCUACGAGAACUACCGUACCGAGAAGCUUAGCAAGAGCGUCGAGGGCGGUGCUGGCGUUGAUUCCUCGAUGAACCCCGAGGACCUGGCGUCGCAGUCCGUGCGGCUCAAGGAGGAGCAGCUGCGGCGGGAAGAGGAGAAGCUCCGUGAGAUUGAGGUCAAGGUCCAGCGUGAGAUUAACGAGAAGCGCCAGGAGCUUCUGGCGCGCGAGUCUCAGCUGCGCGAGAUCGAGGCACGGAUGCAGCGCGAGGCCGCCGCCGCCGCCGCCGCUGCUGCCCAGCAAGCUGCUGCUGCCAACCAUGGCGAGCCCAACGGUGCCGAGUAGAACAAAGGUGCCGUUAUGCUCGACUCUUCGCCGGCAGCCUGAUGUCCCGCCGUUGCUGCACCGAUGUGGCCAAAGCUCGACCUUCUCCAAGCGACCCCCGUUAUGCGACCCGACCUUUCGUGCAGGCGUUGGUUCUCCUGUUGUGUUUAGAGACAAACUAUUCCCCCGAUGUUUUGCGA